AUGACGCCAAUAACAGAAGGGAAACCAUUUACCGCCAGCGUAUCAGCCGUCCAGCACCGGGCUCGGAGUGGUGCUGGAACGCAGGCUUUCUCUCCCACUGUGAAGGGAGCUCGGGGAAAGUCGGUCUUCUUAUCUCCCGGGAUCUCAGUCGGAAAGGACCUUUAUGAGAUUGUGUGGAAACUGACAUCACUCAGUAGCAGGAUAGUGCAAUACAUAAAGGGGAGCACUGAAAUUUUCAUGGCUGAGUACGAGCAACGGAUAACUCUACAUCCUGGGAACUUCAGUCUGGAAAUCCGUGAUGUACGGAGAGCGGAUGCUGGUGAUUAUGAGGUGACUGUUACCACAGGUUCAGGAGCUGAAUCCAAAAGGAUAGUUCGACUGGAGGUGUACGAGCCUGUGUCCGGAGCAAACAUCAAGUUCCAGUGCAUCCCCGGGAUCAGUGACGUCAUCCUAACCUGCUCUGUGACCUCAGGCGACUCCCCCACAUUCAGGUGGUGGAGAGAAGAAGCAGCUGUGGGAGACAACAGCAACUAUCGCGCUUGGAAACACGGAGAGACGGUAGAGGUUCAUUACACAGCAGAGGUUAAAGAUGUUGUGUACACGUGUGAGGCCAGGAACACUGUCAGUAAGGACACAGCACGGAUCCCACUGCAGGACGUCUGUAAACGCAACGUGCCGUCGCCUGAUUCAACACUGGCGGCCACGUCUCAGAGAUCGUUCCUGAUUAUCAGACUCAUAGUGUUGGUGAUUUUCCUGAUCUCCGCUGUCCCCACGAUUUGCUGGGUCACAUGGGGGAACGGAGCUGAACGAAGUUCCAACAGAGAUGAGCACCGUUUACAGAGACUUCAGUGCAUGAAGAAAGAUUGCGGUGACCGGCAGCCUCCUGAGUGGAACGAAAGGGCAAUGGCACAUUUCUCCAGGGAAAGGAGAAACUGGGGCACUGAACCCAUCGAUCUGUAGGACCCCCUCACCUCAACAGAAAAACACACAGCUCUGCACACAGUGGUCCUGGGGAAAUGAACCUGUCAGUCCACUGGGACCAGCCUCAGCUCAACACAGAAACGUAAAAUGCGACAUACAGAUACACUGGGUACACUGUCCCACCCCAGUCACUGGGGAACACUGCCCCUACUCACCCAGGCACUGGGGUACACUGUCCCCACACUCCCAGUCACUGGGAUACACUGUCCCACACACCCAGUCACUGGGAUACACUGUCCCCACACUUCCAGUCACUGGGGAAUACUGUCCCCUACUCACCCGGUCACUGGGGUGCACUGUCCCCACACUCCCAGUCACUGGGUACAUUGUCCCCACACACCCAGUCACUGGGGAACACUGUCCCUCAACCUCCCAGUCACUGGGGAACACUGUGCAUCACACUCCCAGUCACUGGGUUACACUGUCUCCUCACACACCCAGUCACUGGGGAACACUGUCCCUCAACCUCCCAGUCACUGGGGAACAUUAUUGCCCCACUAUCCCAAAAACUGGGUUCAAUAGGUACAUUCAAUGUCAGAGAAAUGGAUACAAUAUACAUCCUGAAAUUCUUUUUCUUCGCAAACAUCCAUGAAAACAGAAGAGUACCCCAAAGAAUGACUGUCAGUUAAAACGUCAGAAUCCCUAAGUCCCCCCAGCUCCCCCUCCUACACACAAGCAGCAGUAAGGCAAUGAUAACCCCCCAUCCCCCCACAACCCCACCGGCAAAAAGCAUCAGUGUCCUCCACUGAGCACUCAAAUGUGCAGCAAAGACACAGACUUGUAGAACUCCAAAAACUACUCGUUCACCCGGUAUUUCAACAUAUCUGUGGCACGUGGCCAACUGGUUAAGGCGUUGGUCUAGUGAUCUGAAGGUCGCUAGUUCGAGCCUCAACUGAGGCAGUGUGUUGUGUCCUUGAGCAAUGCACUUAACCACACAUUGCUCUGUGACCGGUGCCAAGCUGUAUGGGUCCUAGUGCCCUUCCCUUGGUCAACAUUGGUGGCAUGGAGAGAGGAGACGCAGCAUGGGCAACUGCCGGUCUUCCAUACAACCUUGCCCAGGCCUCAGUCAUCAUCGAAAAUCGAUGGACAGCCGCAGAGAAAUUCAACAUACCUAAUCAGGGAAAAAGGGGUGUACCAGUUUCACAGCAAGAGGGAGACAUAACAAAGAACUUGCUGAUUUAUGAUGUUAAAUGUCUGUUGUGUCACUUUUUCCGAGCUCUCCAGAAACACAAAAAGGUGCAGCUAUCGAGAAACAACCCCCGGCAGCUAACCCGUUGCUCCCGAUGUUUCAUAUUCUCCCACGACGCUUCAGUCAUGGUCACUGGCCUAGAAUCAACAUGUCCCCAGAGCCACGAAAUCUGGAACCCUGAAGGUGCGCUUGCCUUCCAGACUGCGUUGUUGGGAUAUCAAAGAGCGCCCGGUCGUAAUGUCCUGAGAGCAGGUUCAACUCCCGCAAAGAACUGAAGUCAGGAGGUAACACCAGGUCAGGGUCUUCAAAAGGAUCUUGAAAAGGAGAGAAAGGAGAUAUCCAAAAUAGAAAUAGAGCUGGUUGUAAAGGAGUCACCAUUUAGCAUCAUUUUAACUUCACCCCUCUUCCAUGACCCCUCACAGUUACAGGGGUAAAGUGUCCUCCACACACACAGUUACAGAGGUACAGUGUCCUCCACACAUACAGUUACAGGGGUACAGUGUCCACCACACACACAGUUACAGGGGUACAGUGUCCUCCACACACAUAGUUACAGGGGUAAAGUGUCCUCCACACACCCAGUUACAGGGGUACAGUGUCCUCCACACAUACAGUUACAGGGGUACAGUGCCCUCCACACACACAGUUACAGGGGUACAGUGUCCACCACACACACAGUUACAGGGGUACAGUGUCCACCACACACACAGUUACAGGGGUACAGUGUCCUCCACACACACAGUUACAGGAGUAAAGUGUCCUCCACACACCCAGUUACAGGGGUACAGUGUCCUCCACACACACAGUUACAGGGGUACAGUGUCCACCACACACACAGUUACAGGGGUACAGUGUCCUCCACACACAUAGUUACAGGGGUAAAGUGUCCUCCACACACCCAGUUACAGGGGUACAGUGUCCUCCACACACACAGUUAAAGGUACAGUGUCCUCCACACACACAGUUACAGGGGUACAGUGUCCACCACACACACAGUUACAGGGGUACAGUGUCCUCCACACACACAGUUAAAGGUACAGUGUCCUCCACACACACAGUUACAGAGGUACAGUGUCCUCUACACACACAGUUACAGAGGUACAGUGUCCUCCACACACACAGUUACAGGGGUAAAGUGUCCUCCACACACACAGUUACAGGGGUACAGUGUCCACCACACACACAGUUACAGGGGUACAGUGUCCUCCACACACACAGUUAAAGGUACAGUGUCCUCCACACACACAGUUACAGGGGUAAAGUGUCCUCCACACACACAGUUACAGGGGUACAGUGUCCUCCACACACACACAGUUAGAGGUACAGUGUCCUCCACACACACAGUUACAGGGGUACAAUAUCCACCAUGCACUUAGUCAACAGGUACACUGUCCCUACACACCCAGUCACUGGGGUACAUUCACUGCAUAGCCACAUCUUGAAGUCACCCUGAGGGUGAAGGAGCAACACCUCAUAUUCUCUCUGGUUAGCUGCAAAUCCAAUGGCAUGAAUGUUGAUUUCUCCUUCCAGUAAAAAAUAAAAUCCCUCCCCUACUCUUUUCUUCACUCUGCCCCCCCCCGCCCCCGAGAGAGAGGAACCCAGAGACACUGGUCAGUGAACUUAGAUCCCCGAGAGACAUUGGUCAGCGUACAGAUCUCCCCAUCAGAGAGGGACAGAGAGACAAUGGUCAGUGUACAGAUCUCCCCCUGAGAGACACUGGUCAGCGUACAGAUCUCCCCAUCAGAGAGGGGCUGAGAGACACUGGUCAGUGUACAGAUCUCCCCCUGAGAGACACUGGUCAGCGUACAGAUCUCCCCAUCAGAGAGGGGCUGAGAGACACUGGUCAGUGUACAAAUCUCCCCCUGAGAGAGAGGGACAGAGAGACAAUGGUCAGUGUACAGAUCUCCCCCUGAGAGAGGGGGAAACUGAGAGAAACCGGUCAGUGUACAGAUCUCCCCAUCAGAGAGUGGCUGAGAGACACUGGUCAGUGUACAGAUCUCCCCCUGAGAGAGAGGGACUGAGAGAUACUGGUCAGUGUACAGAUCUCCCCCUGAGAGAGAGGGACUGAGAGACACUGGUCAGUGUACAGAUCUUCCCCCAGAGUGAGAGGUACAAAGGGACACUGGUCAGUGUACAGAUCUCCCCCUGAGAGAUACUGGUCAGUGUACAGAUUUCUCCCUGAGAGAGAGGGACAGAGAGACACUAGUCAGUGUACAGAUCUCCCCCUGAGAGAGAGGGUCUGAGAGACACUGGUCAGUGUACGGAUCUCCCCCUGAGAGAGAGGGACAGAGGGACACUGGUCAGUGUAUAGAUCUGUCCCUGAGAGACACCGGUCAGUGUACAGAUCUCCCCCUGAGACACACCGCUCCAAGUACAUUACUGCUACGCCCUCCCAGCAAUAUCCAAUGUAUAUAUACUUCUAUAAAUAUAUAUACUAUAUAAAAGAGUUUGAGAGAGAGAAAUGGGUUCUUGAAUUCUCCUAAUAACAUGGACAUUAAAUAUUUUAAAAAUUUCUUCAUUCUACAGGAGCCUCCGCUCCCGCACCAGCAGGCACAGGAAGAGCUUCUUCCCUGAGGCUGUGACCCUGCUGAAACUCACAGCACAGCGCUAAGCAGUGUUGCACCCAUAUUGUACUGUCUCAGUACUUUUAUAUUUGUGUGCUGUAGCAUUUACUUUUUAUUUACAGUUAUUUUGUAAAUAACACUAUUCUUUGCAUUCCUGGUUGGAUGCUAACUGCAUUUCAUUGGCUUUGUAUCUG